UGGUGAUAGUGGAUUGAAGCCGACGGAGCCGGUGGAACAUAAUCUCAAGCACCGAUUCCCUGUUCAUGAAAUCCCCGUUUUUCUGGCGUUGGAUGGUGUCCUAAUGAAGGACACAGGAGCACCCGCAUCUGCUGAGGAAGUUCGUGAGGUGAUUCGGCGUUGUCUCGAACAGGCGGCUUUGGUGAACUAUACCAGGAUUUCAGAGUAUGCCGCGAUCGA